CAGGAUGUGGGGGGAGCCGCAGUCUUGUAGCUGGAUCCCCAAGGAGGAGAAAUUCUAAAGCAGUAGGAAGAAAGUGUUUCAGUUUGGGACACUUACUUGCCCCUGGAAAUGGGGAAUGGACUGUCAGACCAGACAUCUAUCCUGUCCAGCCUGCCUUCCUUUCAGUCCUACCACAUUGUUAUUCUGGGUUUGGACUGUGCUGGAAAAACAACAGUCUUAUACAGGUUGCAGUUCAAUGAAUUUGUAAAUACUGUACCUACCAAAGGAUUUAACACUGAGAAAAUCAAAGUGACUUUGGGAAAUUCUAAAACAGUCACUUUCCAUGUCUGGGAUGUAGGUGGUCAAGAGAAAUUGAGGCCCGUAUGGAAGUCGUAUACCAGACGCACAGAUGGCAUGGUGUUCGUGGUGGACUCGGUUGAUGUUGAAAGGACGGAAGAAGCCAAAACUGAACUUCAUAAAAUAACUAGGAUAUCUGAAAACCAAGGAGUCCCUGUACUUAUAACUGCCAACAAGCAAGAUCUGAGGAACUCACUGUCUCUCACAGAAAUUGAGAAACUGUUAGCAAUGGGUAAACUGAGCUCAUCAACUCCUUGGCAUCUGCAGCCCACUUGUGCAAUCAUAAGAGAUGGACUCAAAGAGGAACUGGAGAAACUGCACGAUAUGAUAAUUAAAAGAAGAAAAAUGUUGCGGCAACAGAAAAAAGAAAAGAUGAACAUUGAUAUGUUUUAUAGCUGUGUGGAGUAG